AUGAGUCGAAUCGAAAAACGCAGUACCAGAAAGGUGCUCCAAAAGCAAUCGCAGAGAAUCGAUCGAGACAAUGGCCAAUCCUCAGAAAAAAAUGCGCCACAAGCCGUCAUCCGCAAGAGAAAGGCACCACUUGCAGCAGCAUCAACCUCAACGUUGGGACGCAUGCCACUUGAAAUACUCGGAGAAAUAUUGAAAUAUCUUUUGCUUAAUCCAGAGCUAGGCACAGCCUCGUGCGUUCACAGGGAUGAAGGAUGGGGUUCCAAAAUCAAGUACGAACUCCAGCCCUCAAUUCUACGCGUCUGCAAGGAAUUUCACGCGAUAGGAGUGGAGAUACUUUAUGAAAAAAAUCGAUUCUUCAUAGAAUGUGUUCUGUCAAAUCAGGACCAUCUGCUUCACCGCUGUGCCUUGACCAGGUUUUGCGAGAUUCCGAGCGCUGAGUGCUUUUAUCCAUCGGACAAACUAGCUACAAAUCAUUUGAGAACUGUGCCAGGUGUAAAGCGCAUCAAACAUUGGAAAAUAUUGAUAGCUCCCAUGCGUUCUAGCGCGCGCAAUAAUGUUGCAAAUCUUUGUCGCUCUAUUUGCCAAAAUGGAAUAAAGUCCAUGGAAAUUGCGAUUGGGCCUUGGGAUAUUCUGGAGCAUCCAAGCUUAUUGGAAGGAGGCCCCAGAGAGAGUGCUGAAGUCAAUAGGGUAACGGCUGAGAGAUUACAGGACGUUCUUUCGCCCUUGGAGAUUCUUCGAUGUGUUGGAAGAGUUGUCAUUCGUGGAGCAGAUCCAGAGGAAGUGCCCGACUUUCUCUUUGAAGGAGAUCGACGGAAUUACGACUUUUACAGCUGGUCCCUAGGAGUCGAGUGGCGUGAAACCACACCCUGUGGAAGGGUGUUAUUACCGGAGACGAUGUACUUAGCCAACUUGAUUGCAUUAGUCCAAGGUGACUCUGAAGUCGAACUAUUCCACAAAAUGUACUACGCUUUUCUCAAUUACGCCCAGGCUUUUGAACGAAUAUAUGAGUUCCGAAACCAGAUGGCCGUCGACCAUCUGCAGCUGUAUCGCAGUCCAUACUUGGCGGAAAAUCCUUUUUGUGGGACUCAUCCUGUAGAAUCGGCUUUGCUAAAGGCUUUACGUAUGCAAACGAACAAGGAAGUAGGAGUACAGGAUAUUUCCGAAUUCAGAAUUCUUCGGUCAAAUGCCAUAAGAUUUCUUGAGAGACAAUAUCGAAAGAUUCAACAAGCCGCCAAUGAUUUGGUUAGAUUUGUCAAAGACCAAAAAGUAAGUGGGGGUCUGCUCGAUCCUGCUCAAUCACCGGCCUUUGGAUUGUCUCCUGGAGUGCAAAGCGAGGGACUUGUUUUGUUAAAAUGCUAUGCGGAAUCUUUUAAUAGAGACCUAACAACAGCAACCAAGCUUGCUAUUUGCAGAUUGAAUGGUCGAUAUGAGAAGAGAUUCGAACUGCUUCCCCGAGAGGUUGCAAUUAGGGAAUUUACAAAUGCUUAUAGGGGUGGAGACGUGAAAGGAUUCGUGGUAAACUUCGAGUGUGCUGUCAAUGACAUGGAUACUCAAUACCUUGCCAUCCGCAACGCGAAAAAGCGGCUCUUCGAAUGGGAUUUGAAGGGGCCAGGUCAUACCGCCGAGAUUGACGUGGAGCCACUGAGCUGGGAUGAAAGCAACGAGUGGGAUAAAGUCGAACCGGAUAUGGAUGUCAGGAACCUUUGGAAGCUAGAGCUCCCUCAGCCAUAUAAGAGUCCGUAUAGUAACAAUAUUUGA